UAAUUCAUAUGACUGUUUUCAAUAAUCAAUUCUUGAUUUUAACGGCCAUCACAGCCUAUUGGUUGGCACACUGAGAACCUUAAACUUCCGAUAUUGAAGGCUAACGACGGGAAAUGAGGUUUAAGUGGUUAUAUAGACUGCCCGAGUGGAUAAAUACAGUUCAAUAAAGAAAAAAAAAUGCUAACACUCUGUUUUCCACCGGAAGUACGUACCCGGAAACCACUGAGUUUGCGUUAGCGGAGGUGGGUGUAUUAAGAGAACCGAUAGGAGAUGUGGUUGCUCGUAUUAUUGUUGUGUACAAACACUUUUCCUCCGUUAUUCGACAACUAAUACAAGUAAAAAUGUGGAAGCUUAAAUAAACAAUAAGUAAAAAUAUUAAUAACAAUUGCUUCUUUGCAUUUUAAAUGUAAAGAAGUUUAAGUGGUGAGAAUCUUCAACCAUGGCAUUCUAUUUGUCGGAUAAUGAAGGUAAAAAAACAUUACUUGGAAUCCUGUGCUUCUUAUUGGUUUAUCCAUUGAUGUCCUUAGUAAACUCUGAACUUGACUGUCCAAGCUCUUGUUUUUGUGACGACAAGGAGCAGUUUGUGAGUUGUGUUGGCGAUGGAUUGUGGCACGUGCCUCCUGACAUACCUACGUCAGCUGUGAGACUUGAGCUACGAAACUAUAUCAUUCCAACUUUAUCAAAUAAAGCUCUGAUGAAACUGACUGAAUUGCAAGAGCUUAAAAUUCAUCAGUCUGAAAUUCGUUAUAUCGAAAACGGAACUUUUCUUGGAUUACAAAAACUCCAGCGAUUAGAAUUAAGUCUAAAUCUUUUAGAAGGACUAAAUGUCGCCAUUUUUCUUGGACUAAAUGAACUGCGAUACUUAGACUUAUCUUCCAACAAGCUAACCAGUACUGAGGAGGCUUUUCAAGACUUAAAGCUGGUAGAACAAUUGAAUCUUAGGGCCAACAAACUAACCACAAUCACUUCAUCAAGCCUUGACGGCCUUCACAAGGUUCAAUAUCUUAACUUGGAUUCUAAUAAUAUCUCUAACAUAGAAGUGGGGGCUUUCCAACACCUAACUAACCUUGCCCACUUAAUUCUCAGCAACAAUCCCUUAACCCAAUUGUCACGUCUGGAUUUUUUUGGCUCCAGGCUCCAAUAUAUUGACUUCUCUCACGUAGGGCUGAAGCAUGUACCACAGAGUCUGACAAGGUUUGUACGGGAUCUGAGACUGGCCAAGAACAAUAUUACACAAAUAGGAGCCGGAGACUUUGACAGCUAUCCUUACCUUGGCCUUCUUGUUCUUGAUGAUAACAAUAUAACAAAAAUAGAAAAUGAUGCCUUCGGUAGACUAGAGUAUCUCGUGCGCUUGUGGCUGAAUGGUAAUCUUCUUGAGAGAAUUCCUGCUAAUUUACCAUCUUGUCUGAGUGCUUUGUACAUUGAAGAAAACCACGUGAAGAAACUCCCUGCUCACAGCUUUCGUGGAUUGAAUAAUUUAGAACAGCUUUUUCUCCAGAGGAACGAUAUUGAAGAAAUGGAAGAGUGUGCAUUCUGUGACCUAAUUCGACUUAAAAAUUUGGACUUGCAAGCCAACAAAAUUCAAAACUUGACCAAAGGAAUUUUCGCGAAUUUAACAAGCUUAGAAAGCUUAGAUCUUUCGCAAAAUAAAUUAAGGAUUUUGGAUUCUCAGUGUUUCACUGGUUUAUCUUCCCUAAAAACUCUUCAGAUAUCUCGUACUUCUACGUUUAUUGAAUUUGACGAUUCAGUCUUCGACACCUUGAAGAAUCUGGAAACCCUUGAGUUGUAUGACAGUGCUCCAUUUUCAGUCGAAAUUCUAAACUCCACGCGCGGUCUGCAUGGUCUUCGAAAACUGAAAGAGCUCAACAUCAUGCAUAACAAAUUAAUCUGUCUACGGCCAGACUUACCUUCUUUUUUCCCUGUAAUAAAAAUAAUUAAAAUGAGUGGAAACAGAUGGCACUGUGAUCGGAAUAUCUUGUGGCUGACCAAAUGGUUAAAAACAACAAGUAUUCAGUUUUAUCGUAGUUAUGACAUUAAAUGCGCUUCACCUACUGAACUAGAGUAUAAGCCUAUUAUGUUAUUAACAGAAAAUGACUUUACUGUUACUACUACUUCAACGUUAGAGCUAGGAACUACUGUUGAAUACAAAGGCAUUAAAACGUCAGAAAGAGUAGCUACCACGGAUCAUUUCAUGGCAAGAAUCUACCCAUAUGGACCUCUUAUUCCAGUUAGCAUAGGGCCAAGUUCAACAAAGGUACUAACAGAAGAAGCUUUUCCCGAGAAUACAAGCACGAAUUGGUUUUUGGAUAAUACUUCAACGACGGUGUUGUUUAACUAUUCGCACCAAGUGUUCAGUGACAAUAAACAACGAGGCAAACUUGCCGAGGAAGGGAACAAUCCAGCACAAGGAAACGUAACAUCCAAUGAGGAUGAUGGUAAGUCACAUGAACAUUCUAAUCAGAGUUAUGUAGAGAAUACUCUAACAGAAAACGUACAUAUAAAUACGGCUUCUUCGUACAAAGGCACAACUCAAUCCAUUGAAAUUCCAGCGUCUAACACAAGUUAUAUUUACACCACAUUUUCUGCUCUAAGUCGGAAUAAUAAAGACAAAAUUUCAGAGAAAAAGAAAAACAAUUCCCAUGCAUUAGGUUCAGUUCCAACAACAGAAGGAUACCAAAAAAGUGUGUCAACUCCUAAAGGAUUCUACGUGUCACCUGUAGCUACUCCGCAUAAUUUAGCACACAACAAUGACAAAACUAUUGCUAUUAUAGUGCCAUCUAGUUUAAUUGGAGGAAUUCUAGUGAUGCUAAUCGGGCUACUGGUUGUCGUAGCAGUAUUGAGGUGUCGAAAACGACCAGAUACCUGUGGUGUGCACAGGAGUAGCAGCAGUAUCUCUUAUUGUCCCCAUCGAGAUGAGGUAUCAAUCCUGACGAUUUCAGAAGGAACUGUGGGCCUUAAAACGGAAAAUCAUCACGGACUUGGAAACAAACUCUACUAUCUAAUGGAAAAUGGAGAUAUCCACAAAGAUCCAACUAAGGACGCAAUACCCGAUCCACAGCUACAGGAUCUGCUUUCGCAACUUCCUGGAGAAAAUGGGCAAAUUUGUGUCAGCGAACACGCGGUCUCGUGAUCGUAUGUACGAUUUUGAAUUUUAAAUAUAAUAUAUUUUGUUGAGUUGUCCCACAACUUCAUAAA